UUAUCGCAGUAUUCCGUAGUCGGACCAUGGAUGGCUGGGGUGGAAUGUUUGAUGACUCGGGAUCCUUCGUUGGGGACACACAGGGCCAUGUAGGGGCCACAGCAGCCCCACCACAGACAGGCAUGAAACGACAGUCGGAGGACGGCUAUGGAGGCUACGACUAUGACGGAGAUGGCUAUUCUGGCAAGAAGCCAAAACAGGAAGCAGGCUAUGAGGAGAGUGGUGACUGGGAACAACAACAGGAACCGGAUUCUUGGGACCAGAUGGCAGAUACCGGUCCGUCGUCGUGGGACGCAUUAAAGAGUACAGGAGACACAGCUGACACCAAGGAUGAAUUUGCCAACUUUUCAGAGAUAACAUCCUGGGAUCAGCUGAAGCCGUCUGAUGGCAGUAGUGGAAGGGCUGGAAAAGGGGGGAGGAAGUAUGGACAAGGGGCUGGGUCAUGGGGAGGUCAACAGAGGGGCAGAGGAGGCCAGAGAGGGGGGUAUUCGUCUGGAGGCUAUGGUGGGGGCAGCGGGGGAGGCUCCAAUAACCGUGGAGGGGGAUUCAACAGGGGUGGCAGGGGAGGGGGCUUCAAUAACAGGGGAGGAGGUUUCAAUUACAGCAGGGGAGGGGGAUUCAAUAGAGGUGGAGGAGGCAGUCAUGGUGGAUUCAGAGGGGGAAGCGGCUUUGGGCGUGGAGGCGGAGGAGGCUUUGGUGGCGGAAGAUCAAACCAAGGUUUAACUUUAGUAGAGAAGUUUGAGAAGUAUCAGUCAUUCCUGACGGCUGAGACGUCACGUAUUAACUCGAUCCAGUCCCUGGAAAACGCAGUGAACAGCACCCAGCUCUUCCUCAAGUGUGACUACGUUGUGGUGGAAAUGCCCCGCAUCUACAACAGAGCUGUGUACACUGGUCGCCUGGCAAUUAGUGGGAUAUUCCUGGCCCGGUGCGUGGGUCUCAACAAGAAGGAGUUGAAACACGAGGUGUAUGACAAGGCCUACAAGGUGCUCACCACCCAGACCUUGGCUGACAUUAACGACCUGAGAGACCCGGGGGCAGACAUUGUCAGAGUGUGCAUCGAGCGUGAGUUGAAGCUGUGUGGACCUCACAAGUUCAUAGAAGGAGGCAGCAUGCCAGUGAACCAGACGGUCGGGGAGGUCAUGCAGAAGGUGGCAAGUGGGCUCGAGACAAUCUCCAUCCUGGUGGCUGGACUCGAGAAACUCAUCGCCUAUCUCAAGUCAACAGUGAACUUGCCCGACAACCCGAUCUCCAAGCUGGAGCAGGCCAUGAUAGCUUCCAAGUGUGGCAUUGCUCACUUGUACAAGUGUGACAGCAAGGAUGAAAAUGGAGUGCCCCUGUAUGUAGGGGAAUACAUGUUUGAGGACACGUGCAUAGCUAGAGCCAGUAACGUGAACAAGAAGUCUGUGAAGUCCGAGACGUACACCCAGGCCCUGGAGGCCCUGUACUCUAAGACUCUCCUGGAGCUGAUCAUUCCCGUCGUCGAGGAGACCAACCAGAAUGAGGAGGAGGAGGAGGUCCACAAUGAGGCUGUUGUCACCGGGGUCCUCCAGGCCAAUGUGGAUGGUCCUCCCCCGGUGGUGAAACCCUCUCUGAUAGAGGCCCCUAUCAUGGACAGGCUGCUCAACUUGUUCUCUACAGUCUCCAACUCGGCCUACACCACCAACAACGUGAGUCUCAUUGACAACUGCCUUACUAACAGUGGCCUCACAGCCAUGUGUGUAUACAAGAAAGUCAGCGCAGAGUCUAAAACAUGCGACCUGUGUGAAUUCUACGUGGACCAGUACCUGAUUGCAACAGGUAGAGGAAGUUCCAAGACAGAAUGUGAACAGGCUGCAUACAACUCUGCAUACAACAUGCUGUGUAGAACUUCCCCAUCUGAUAUUGUGUCUAAUCAUCCAAAGUUGCCGCCCCAAGAAACUACAGAUCCCCUUCUUCUCGAGACUGAAAUGAAGGGCGCCCUCCCUGUGACAACCGAGUCCAACGCGGACGCGCUGCGCCAGCAUGGGUUUGAUUCUGACGUCCUCACGUGCAGCCUGGGAGACAUGGUGCUGGUGGAGGAAAAAAUGUGGACCAAUGAUCGACGCACUGCUGCCUUUGCCAUACUACAGAAUACGUGCAACCUGAACGGGCUGCUGCUGAAAUGGACCUUUCAGAACCUCAAGAACGCGGCCACAAAGAACUAUAAAUAUGAGGCAAAACCACUGGGAAAAUACAAGUGUGUUGUCUACGUAAAGGACCAGGAGGUGGCACAGUUCACAGGGUUUGGGAAGAACAAGGUGCGCACGGUAGCCUGCGCAGACUACCUGUUCCGUCUUCUGGAACACAGACCUGUCCUGCAGGUGGUAAAGACAGAUGAUCGCAAAGUUUGGAUUCCUUUGGCCACACUGAGUAUCGAAGCAGAAUCCCUACGUAAGACAUCCAUGAACUCUCCAAGCAAGUCUGCGCAGCCUGUCAACUUCCUGGUCCAAGCCGUCCUGGCGCAUGUGAAAACCUUUCUUCCAAACAAGGACGGGAAAGAGCUCAUUUUUGGACCAGGCUUUUCAGACAUUGACAAGCGAGCAAUCUGCGGAGAGGUCAAGAAACAGGGAUUAUUUUACGAAGAUCGUUUUGACAACGGAGAUAAAUAUUUCGCCAUCUAUGAUAAGCUGGACAUUCGCGACGUUGCUCUGCGGUUGAAAUCGCAGCCUCCGAACACGGUGUUCCGCAAGUAUAUACUUGUCCCAACUUCGAGUCUGCCCAAGUACUCAGACAUAAACAAGAAAGAACUGUAUCACAUGUGAAAUUGGCAGGGUGGGGUAUAAAGCUCACAAAUGUGAAAUUGGCAUAGUGGGGUACUUAAAACCUUGCACACAUUGAUAUAGCAUGUAGGAACUGUAUUAUAUGAAUUUUCUUUUUCAAGUAUUGAUUUAUGUUUUUAUCUGUUUGUGCACAAACUUGACAUAGUUAUUUCUGAUAUUACUAUUGUUUUUUCAGCAAAGUAUUGAGUUGUGAAUUUAGCAUAAGUGGGAACAAAUGAGCUACCAUAUUGGUCAUUGCAGUUAGUAAUAUUUUCAUGAAUUACUGGUAAGCAUAGUGACAGACUAAUUUAUCUUUCCUAGUUUAAGAAAGUGAGAUUUUAAAAUAUAUUUAUUAACAAGGCAUGAAAUGUUGUGGGCCCAAGGUUUUGUCAAGCUCAAUAAAUGUAAGUUACUUAAUUAUUAUUUUAAAAAAAGGUUUGAGGAAGUAUUGUGUAUACAUUUAUGUACAAUAAUGAGCGUUGAAGAUAAGUUGAAAGUACUUAUUCUGCUAUCAUUUAUCAUGCAUUAAAUUACUUUCAUU